AUGGCUACUAGUGAAACCAAUGAGAGCAUUACUUCACGCACACGAUCAAAAUCUACGACAAGUGCAAAACUGUGGAAUCAACUUAACGAUGUAUUAGAAUAUGCACCUAAAUUUCAAAAUAAAGAUCGACCAGGUGUAGAAGAAAAAACUAUUCAACAUAUAGAAUCUAAACUAGGCAUUAUUUUACCAGACGAAAUUCGAGAUGUAAUUAAAAUACAUGAUGGACGAGAUCACAUUUUUUGUGGAUUAAAUUAUCGCCUAGCAACAACUGAUCUUUUGCCAAUUGCAAAAUGGAGACCCUACGAAAACGACAGUCAAGGUUACGCUGAUCUUCUUUUCGAAUGUCUUGCUAAGAAAAAUGAUCAUCUCGUAGACAAAAACCUACGCAAUGAUGCUCAAAAUCAUUUAGCUGCUUAUAUUGAUGGGAUCAAAAAUGCUGAACAACAAUCCAAAAGUAACAAGAAAAUAACCAAGUACGAAAUGAACAAGGAUGAGACAUUUCAUGCUCUUCCAUGUGAACUAUUGAUCAUUGGAGAAGGCAUGGAUGAUUAUGGUGAACAAUAUCUGCUGAGUAUACGAUCAGGUCGAAUUUAUUUAGGCCUUCAAACUAGACCUGAAUGGAUAUUAAUUGGAACAUUUGCUGAUUGGAUUAAAAUAGGAAUAGAGAGUGCUAAACACGAGAAGGAAGACAUUCAAAAAUCGCAUGAUGAAAGUGAAAUAUAA